UUUAAAAUUUUAUAUUUUAGACUCAGGAAAAUUCAAACCAGCAAACACAACUAGCAACGCAGAUAACUCUCUAAUCAAAACAGCCAAAAAAAUAAACAAUUUAGAAAAUAUGGAAAAUAAAAGUGAAAAAGUAGCAAUCAACAAGGAGGAGCUUAAAAAGCGUCUAACACCUUUACAAUAUCAAGUUACCCAGGAAGCAGCCACUGAAAGACCUUUUACCGGUUGCUAUAAUAAACACAACGAAAAAGGAGUCUAUCAAUGUAUAGUUUGCCAUCAGGACCUGUUCAGUUCUGAUACCAAAUACGAUUCCGGCUGUGGCUGGCCUGCGUUCAACGAUGUUCUAGAUAAAGGCAAAAUAUCAUUACACCGCGAUGCAAGUAUACCAGGGGGUAAUAUUUUACUACUAAUUAAACAUCCAGAACGCAUACGCACAGAGGUACGUUGCUCUCGUUGUAAUGCACAUAUGGGGCAUGUGUUUGAAGAUGGCCCGAAGCCUACGCGGAAGCGUUACUGCAUAAAUUCAGCAGCAAUUGAGUUUUUAUCCGGCAAUGAAUUGAAUGGAGUACAACAAUAACAAAAUCUUAAAAACGGCUGGAUAAAUUUAAAGGUUGUGGAAAUGUUAGUUUCUUCACAUACGUAUGAAAUUCACUUAAACGAUAUGCGGCCAAUUUUUAUAUUUAUUAAUACUAUUUAAUAUGAAAUAGCAAAGAACAAUUUACCAAAAAUAAUAAACAAUGUAGUAA